AUGGCAUACGGCCAUACGCCUUCUGGUUACAAGUUUCCUUCUGACCGGCUCACAAAAUGUCCAAAGGAUCAGGUACCGCUGAUACUGCUGGCAUGCGGCUCAUUUUCCCCAAUCACCAAAGCACAUCUGGAUAUGUUUGAUGGAUUCGGAGUCGUAGGAGGGAUUCUCAGUCCUGUAUCUGACGGUUACAAGAAACAGGGGUUGGCUCCCGCUCAUCAUCGUGUUGAGAUGUGCAAGCUCGCGGCAGAGGAUGAGUACAAUUGGCUAACAGUUGAUCCCUGGGAGGCCGAGAGUCCAAGUACUAUUCCAACUGCCCAAGUGCUAGAUCAUGUUGACCACGAGAUCAACGAGGUUAUGGGAGGCAUCUACUGUGACGAUGGAACUAAGAGACGUGCCAAAAUCGUCCUCUUGGCUGGUCUCGAUCUAGUUCAGACCAUGUCCACGCCUGGCGUUUGGGAGAAGCGCGAUCUUGACCGUAUUCUCGGCAGAUACGGCCUUUUCGCCUUGGAGCGCCGGGGAACUGAGACCGAACCGGCUUUGGCAAGCCUCAAGCAGUGGAGAAAUAACAUAUACAUCCUUCGCAAGCAUGUCACCGAAGAUAUUAGCAGCACCAAGACCCGCUUGCUAUUGAAGCAAGACGAGGUGAAGAGGCUUGAUCAACAGCCGAAUGGGGAUCGAAGUAGCCCGAGUCUGGAUGACAUGAUCCCCAACAAUAAAGUCAGGGACUACAUCUACAGACAUAACCUAUAUGGCGGCUCCAACCUCGACGGCCUGCAAGAUAGAUAG